CUCUCAGCUCUGGUCACUUGUCUGGGAAACGAAACAAGCCAAGCCAUUCACGUCGUUAAUGUAUGUAGCUGGCUGGCGUUUGGAGAUUUUUGUUGCUGGCGCUCCGAAUUCUAAUCGGCCGCAACCUGCUCUAUUGUUUUUCUCAGCGGCACCCAUGAACGGUUCUUGCUCUUCGUCCUUAUUUCUUUCCAAAUAUGUUUCCGCACCCUGCCUGCCUUCCAAAGCCUGUCUGAAAACCAUCCAUGCUCGAAGUUCUAAUCAUGCGGACCCGGAUUCCACAUGGCCUAUCAAAUACCAUGGCGGUUGGAGCCUCCGGACCCCGGAUUUCACCACCACAACUUCUCAAACCUACCCGCCAAUCCACGCUUCAACUACCAAGCUCCACCUCCUUCUAUCGGAAUUCGAGUCACUCGCCCUGCCGAUUGACCGCGUUAAGCGCCUCUUGCACUACUCCUCCUUACUCCCUCGCAUGGAUGACUCCCUAAAAACAAUCCACAACCGGGUUCCCGGCUGCACUGCCCAGGUGUGGUUACAUGUGCGGCUGGACGAGGAGAACCGAGUUAGGUUAUCUGCGGAUAGCGAUUCGGAGAUCACCAAAGGAUUUUGUGCCUGCUUGGUUCGGAUGCUGGAUGGAGAAGCUCCAGCGGAGAUUCUCGCCAUGAGAACCGAGGAUUUGGGGUUUUUAAAUGUGAACGGAAAAGGGGUCUCUUCUUCCAGAGUGAAUGCUUGGCAAAAUGUGUUGAUGAGUAUACAGAAGAGGGUUAAGGCUUUGGUGGCGGAAAUGGAGGGGCGGAGCCAAGCCGAGCCAUUCCCAUCUCUGGUUCUCACUGCCCAAGGUAUAAAAGCCAAAGGGAGCUAUGCUGAAGCUCAGGCUAGAUUUCUGUUCCCUGUGGAUUCAAAAGUCAAAGAACUUGCAAAUUUGCUAGAGAAAAAAAGAAUUGGAGUUGUUGCACAUUUUUACAUGGAUCCUGAAGUCCAAGGUGUUUUAACAGCAGCACAGAAGCUUUGGCCUCACAUACACAUAUCUGAUUCUUUGCUAAUGGCAGAUUCAGCUGUUAAGAUGGCAAAAGCUGGAUGUCAGUAUAUCACUGUCCUCGGAGUAGAUUUUAUGUCAGAAAACGUUCGUGCGAUCCUUGACCAGGCUGGAUUCUCUCAGGUUGGUGUCUAUCGGAUGUCUGAUGAACGCAUUGGUUGUUCUUUGGCAGAUGCUGCAGCCAGCUCUGCAUAUAUGGAUUACCUUGCCAUGGCCUCUCUCUCCUCUCCCUCUUUACAUGUCAUUUACAUUAAUACCUCUCUGGAGACCAAAGCAUAUUCUCAUGAGCUUGUGCCGACUAUAACAUGCACUUCCUCUAAUGUUGUCCAAACUAUUCUGCAGGCAUUUGCUGAAGUACCAAAUUUAAAUUUGUGGUAUGGCCCUGAUUCCUACAUGGGUGCUAAUAUCGUGGAGCUGUUUCAGCAAAUGACCAUGAUGACUAAUCUUGAAAUUGCUGAGAUACAUCCACAACACAACCAAAAGUCUAUCAAAUCAUUGAUACCUCGUUUGCAUUAUUAUCAGGGUGGAACAUGUAUUGUGCAUCACCUCUUUGGUCAUGAAGUUGUGGAGAAGAUAAACGAAAUGUAUUGUGAUGCAUUCCUCACUGCCCAUUUUGAAGUUCCCAGUGAAAUGUUUUCACUAGCAAUGGGCGCUAAAGAGAGAGGGAUGGGAGUAGUUGGCUCAACCAAGAAUAUAUUGGAUUUCAUAUCACAAAGAGUACAAGAGGCUAUGGAUAGAGACGUUGAUGAACAUCUUCAAUUUGUUUUAGGAACUGAAUCAGGAAUGGUUACUUCUAUAGUGGCAUCAGUCAGUAAAAUAUUAGGGUUGGUGAACUCUACUGACGGAUGCCCGAAAGUUAGUGUUGAGAUUGUAUUUCCUGUAUCUUCUGAAGCAGUGAUGAAAACGCCAGAUGUUUCAUCUCAGGACCUCUCUUUAGGUGAAGUAGGCGAUUUCUUAACGAAGGCACCUGUUAUACCUGGAGUUACGACUGGAGAGGGGUGUUCUAUUCAUGGUGGAUGUGCUUCUUGUCCAUACAUGAAGAUGAAUACUUUGAGUUCUCUCCUUAAAGUUGCCCAUGGUCUGCCAGGUGACAAAGAUAAACUUUCAGUGUAUGAAGCCCAGCGCUUCAGUUCGCUAACGGCAAAAGGGAAACUAAUUGCAGAUUUAGGCUGUGAGCCAAUACUUCACAUGAGACACUUUCAGGCAACAAAACAGUUACCCAAAGUACUGGUUGAUCAAAUAUUGGAACGGUGAAAUGAUCUUUUGCCGACGGGGAAACUGGUUCCUUGCAUACAUCAAAGUUUAAGGGUCUGUACAAGAUAGAGAAACAACUAACCAAUACAAACCUAUGCAUUGCCUUAUUUUAGUUGGACCAAAAAAACUAUGCAUUGCCUCUCAUUUCUUUCUUAAAUUUUUAUUGUUUUGUAGUGAAAUAAAGGGGUCACCGACUCACCCCUUUGCGAUUUUGACGUAGUUAAAAGUAGUGCAUUCUACUUAUGUAAGAAUAAGUAGCUUCAGCCUUCAGACUCAUUUGGCUUAAUGAGAUUCACCUUGAUGUAUUUCUUUUCGAGAAAACUAGUAUUUCCACGGUUCCACCCUUAUGUUGCGG